CAAUAGAAGCUUCAUUUAACUACAAGAAUUGUGUUUCCAAAAUGCAAGUUGAAGAAAAACACCAAGACUUUGAUACUACAAAAGUAGUUUGUACGAGCAAAGAACUACCAUGCAGCCUUCAAGAAUCGUUGGAGAAAAUUGCUCAAAAAGAAGGUUAUACGAAUUAUAAAAUACUAAGUAGGUCAAUUUCCACUGAGGGAGGAAACUAUAUGGCUAUGCUGUAUGAAGUAGACAUUAAAGGAAAAACUACAAGCGGAGAAAAGGAAACGAAUAUUUUUAUAAAGCAAUCUGUUCCUGAAUUUUCUUUAGGUGAUGUAUCAGAAAUAUAUUCCAGAGAACUGUUCUUUUAUAAUGAAGUGAGCAAAGUCUUUAUUGAACUUGAAGACGAAGCUAAAAUACCAGCAGACGAAAGAUACAAGUCAGCUAAAUCUUACCGUGGAAGUAACUCUGAAGCUAUAAUACUGCAAAAUCUAGCUAAAGAUGGUUUCACAACAGUUUUUAGAAUGGAAGUAAUGCCACUAAAGUUUGCUGAAUUAUCAAUACAGCAGCUUGCAAAGUUUCAUAGUUUAAGUUUAGUUAUGGAAAGGAGACGACCAGAAUUUUUCGAAAAGAAAAUUAAGAAUUUAAAACAACAUAUGAAAUUUGAUGAAGUAAAUUUGGAUUUCUGGAAAAAAAUGUUCCGCACUUCAGUAGCAAUAUUAGAGAAUGAAACUAGAAAGAAAUUAGAAGAUAAAUAUUCUCAAAUCUUAGAUAAAUAUAUAAAUUACUUAAGAGGCGAUGGAACAAAGUUCAAGUGCCUGUGCCAUGGUGAUUUCAGAAUGAAUAAUAUAUUAAUGAAAAUGAAGGAAGGUGAAAUAACAGAAGUCGUACCUGUCGACUAUCAAAUAAUAUUAUACGGUUCUCCGAUGGUUGAUUUCGUAUAUUUCAUUUUCGGAGCCACUGACAGGGAAUUCCGAAAAAAUAAUUUGGACAAUUUAAAGGAUUUGUACUAUGAAACUAUGAAGAACUACCUCAAAUACUUUGAAAUGGACGUAAAUGAAAUAUAUCCAAGAAAAAUAUUUGAAGAUAAUAUUGAUGAAUGCUUAGAAUUUGGACUGUUGGCGUUAUUAUUUUUGGGUCCUUUCUUUUUCGCGGAUGAAAACGAAGUUCCAGAUUUAAGUAAAGACGACGUAGCAAAACACGAAAUUAACGUGGAUCUUAAAUUUAAAGAUAGAUUACAAGAAGUAAUACAGGAAAUGAUUGAAAAUGGUAGAUUAUAA